GAGCUGAGAAAAGUUCGCAAGAGGCGGGAGAUGCUUCUGCAGCAGCUCGGCUUCAUCUGCGGGAUCCUUUUCUUCGUAUGGUGCAUGUCCGCCCUGCUUUCUAAGCUAGGACAAGAGUCAUCUAUUGUCAACAAAAAUGUUGUGUCAGAAUCAUGGAAGAAUCGAAGAUUGAUGGCAUCAAAUAACAAAUCGCUUGAAAAAGAGAACUGCACGGCGCCAGCUAUUCAUGAAUUUCCUAAAGAUAUAUUCACAAACAAGGAGAGACAUCAAGGAGCAGUGCUGCUUCAUAUUAUUGGUACUCUGUAUAUGUUCUAUGCCUUGGCUAUUGUAUGUGAUGAUUUCUUUGUUCCAUCUUUAGAGAAAAUUUGUGAGAAACUACAUUUGAGCGAAGAUGUUGCAGGAGCCACAUUUAUGGCUGCAGGAAGCUCGACCCCAGAAUUGUUUGCUUCUGUCAUAGGUGUGUUCAUCACUCAUGGUGAUGUAGGAGUUGGAACCAUUGUUGGCUCAGCAGUUUUCAAUAUCCUCUGCAUAAUUGGAGUCUGCGGGAUAUUUGCUGGACAGGUGGUCCGUUUAACCUGGUGGUCUGUGUGCAGGGACUCGGUCUACUACACUUUGUCUGUGGUUGUGCUUAUUGUGUUUAUAUAUGAUGAGAAAAUUGUAUGGUGGGAAAGCCUUAUACUCAUCAUUAUGUACUUGUUCUAUAUACUUAUCAUGAAGUACAAUGUGAAGAUGCAGCACUUCUUUACUAUUAAAAGCAUGAAUGUUGGGAAUGGCAACACUGUUAACAGCGAACUGGAAGAUGGUAAUGAAUCUAACGAUGUUAGCUGUGAUGACCCAUCAAUGCCAUUGCUGUGGAAAGUAAAGGGAACGCAACAAUAUGGUCGAAACUCCGUGGUGAUGGUCGAUGAGAUAAUUUGUUCCAGUCCUCCGAAAUUUCGUUUCCCUGAAGCUGGUUUGCGAAUAAUGAUAACGAACAAAUUUGGACCAAGGACCAGGCUAAGGAUGGCGAGCCGGCUGAUUAUUAAUGAGCGCCAACGACUGAUCCACUCUGCCAAUGGCAAAGUGCUCCAGAAUGGGAAACAUGAAAAUAUUGAAAAUGGGGCUAUCCAUGUUGAUAACCAAGAAGAGGUGAAUGAACAUAACCUGUCUCCAUUUUCACCACCAGAAGGAAAAAUGGACAAAGUCAGAUGGAUUCUGACAUGGCCGUUAAUAUUCCUCCUUUUUUUCACCAUCCCAAACUGUGCCAAACCACGAUGGGAGAAAUGUUUCAUGCUGACCUUCCUUUUAUCUACUGUAUGGAUUGCUUUGUUUUCCUACUUCAUGGUCUGGCUGGUUACAAUAAUUGGAUACACUCUGGGGAUCCCUGACGUUAUCAUGGGAAUUACCUUCCUAGCUGCAGGAACCAGCGUACCAGACUGCAUGGCCAGUUUAAUAGUAGCAAGACAAGGACUCGGUGAUAUGGCUGUUUCUAAUACCAUUGGCAGCAAUGUGUUUGACAUUCUGGUGGGCCUUGGAAUACCAUGGGGCUUGCAGACUAUGGUUGUCAAUUACGGCACAGCUAUUCAGAUCAACAGCAAAGGACUGGUCUAUUCUGUUGUGCUCCUCCUAGGAUCAGUAGCUCUCACUGUGGGUGGGAUCCACUUAAACAAGUGGAAGCUUGAUAGGAAACUGGGCAUCUGUGUCCUCUUUCUUUAUGUGAUCUUCCUGUGUUUCUCAAUAAUGAUCGAGUUUAACGUCUUCACUUUUGUGAACAUUCCAAUGUGCCGAGAAGAUGACUGAAGCAAACCUCUGGCUGGGGUCAUCUGGAUCUAUUUGUGCUAUAAAUGACAGGAGCGGUUUUUGCAUUUCUGCCUGCUUCUUAUCCAAAAUCUGAGUGUCUUUCCUGCUUCAUCACCUUGUAAGCACAUUUCCUCUACUUGCAAGGAAAACAGACAAUUCUUUCAACAACACACAAGCUCAAGGCAACCAAAGCAUUUUCUUUGUCUUCUUCCUUUGGAAUAUUAGUGCUCUGUCGUGCAGCAAUUUGGAUCUCAUGCAGAACUUGCAAAAGUGCAGUUUCAGCAAUUUCUCCUGUUGUGGUUUUCAAGUCUCUCUUUUUUAAGGAAAACAAUCAGCACCAGGUUUACUAUGAAGACCAGAGAAACAAAAGCAUCCUCCUAUUUUGACUUUAAGUUUCAAAUAUAAGGAAAAGCA